UUAAGCGGUCACGUUGCGGUCACACUAUUUCCAGCACGCAGGAAAAUAAAAAAAAAUUUCACUAGUUUUAGUAAAUAAACUUGAAAAUAACACAAAAUGUCGCUGGCAGACGAGCUAUUAGCCGACCUCGAGGAGGACAACGACAAUGAGCUGGAGGAGGAUGAUGCAGAGAUGGCCAGUGCAGAGGACGAAAGUUUGCUGGCGGAGAAGUUGGCCAAGCCUGCUCCGAAUCUGAUGGAAGUGGAUGUGACUGUGCAAUCGGUGCGGGAACUUUGCAAGCUGCGAGACUCGGAUCGCCUGCGGAAUACCCUGCAGCAGAUCGAGCACUAUGCCAGUCGUCAGAGAACCGCAGCCGAAAUGCUGGGAUCUGUGGAAUCCGAUCCGGAGUACUGCCUCAUCGUGGAUGCAAAUGCCAUUGCCGUCGACAUCGACAAUGAGAUCUCCAUCGUUCACAAGUUCACCAAGGAGAAGUACCAGAAGCGAUUCCCUGAGCUGGACUCUUUGAUUGUGGGCGAAAUUGAGUACUUGCUGGCGGUCAAAGAGCUAGGCAAUGACUUGGACCAGGUCAAAAGCAACGAGAAGCUGCAGGCAAUACUCACACAGGCCACCAUUAUGAUUGUGUCCGUCACGGCAUCAACCACACAAGGCACCAUGCUUACGCCUGCGGAAAAGGCCAAGAUCGAUGAGGCCUGCGAGAUGGCCAUCGAGCUGAACAACUUCAAAUCUAAAAUCUACGAAUAUGUAGAAAGUCGCAUGACUUUCAUAGCCCCCAACCUUUCCAUGAUUGUCGGAGCAUCCACAGCUGCCAAACUCUUGGGCAUCGCUGGUGGCCUCUCUAAGCUUUCCAAAAUGCCCGCCUGUAAUGUACAAGUUUUGGGUUCACAAAAGAAAACCUUGUCGGGUUUCUCGCAGACGCAGAUGUUGCCACACACUGGCUACGUUUAUUACUCUCAGAUUGUCCAGGAUACAGCACCAGAUUUGCGACGCAAGGCAGCUCGUUUGGUUGCCGCCAAAUCAGUGUUAGCUGCUCGUGUGGAUGCCUGCCAUGAGAGUGUGCACGGGGAGAUCGGUCUGCGAUUCAAGGAAGAUGUGGAAAAGAAGCUUGACAAGUUGCAGGAGCCGCCGCCGGUGAAGUUUAUCAAGCCGUUGCCCAAACCCAUCGAGGGAAGCAAGAAGAAGCGAGGAGGCAAACGCGUGCGCAAGAUGAAGGAGCGAUAUGCCUUGACAGAGUUCCGCAAGCAGGCAAACCGCAUGAAUUUCGGAGAUAUCGAAGAGGAUGCCUACCAAGGGGAUUUGGGCUACUCCCGUGGAACCAUCGGCAAGACAGGCACCGGGCGCAUUCGUUUGCCCCAGGUGGAUGAGAAGACCAAAGUACGCAUUAGUAAGACGCUGCACAAGAACCUCCAGAAGCAGCAAGUGUACGGAGGAAACACCACAGUCAAGCGGCAAAUCUCAGGAACAGCAUCUAGUGUGGCUUUUACGCCACUGCAAGGCCUGGAGAUUGUAAAUCCCCAGGCAGCGGAACGUUCGCAGACGGAAGCCAAUGCCAAAUACUUUUCAAACACAUCCGGAUUCCUCUCCGUGGGACAGAGAACCACAUAAGGCAGAGUCUCAAUCCACUUUCUAUAAAAUUAAGCACUUUUAUUUGGAGAUUUGUCGAAUGUAUAAUGAGUUAGGCGUAGUAAAGCUGCAAGGAAGCCGCAGAAGAGA